AGAAAUCCAAUUCUGAAUCCUAACCCCCCCCCCUCUGAGAUGGGAGCAGGACAUUUUCUAAUUUUCCUUCUUGCAGCAGGGACAGUACAGGGUGCCAAGGAAUCUCUGGAAAUUAUUCCUAUAAAUGGGAACGUGGAAUUGAAUACACAGGCCUAUUUUCUUUGCAAAGUGAGAGGAGGUGGAGAAGCCACUCUGACUUGGACCGAUCCAGAUGGGAAUGAAAUUGAAGAGGAUUCAGAGCCUUACCGGGUGAAGGUCAUUGAUGAAUUGUCCAAGGGGCUAGAGAUGACCCUCACUCGUCCAGAUCAGGGUGGGAUUUUCAAGUGUGAUGGAGAAUUUGAGUCCGGAAAAACGGCUACUCAUCAAAUUGAAAUCCACGUGAUUCAGAGACCUACCUUCGUGAAGACAAUGGAUCUUGUGAAGGAAGUUCACGAGGGGCAAAAGGUAGAAUUCAGCUGCCUGGUGAAAGGAAUACCACCACCAACAAUUAGAUGGAUUUUUGGAAACCAGGACGUCAAAAAUAUUAAGGAAA